AUGCAUGGAGCCAACAGCUCCAGCCUAACACCAAGAUACUUCAUCCUCACUGGGAUUCCUGGGCUGGAAGCCGCGCAUGUCUGGAUCUCCCUGCCAUUCUGCUUCAUGUACAUCGUUGCUGUCGUGGGGAACUGUGGGCUCAUCUCCCUCAUCAGCCAUGAGGAGGCUCUGCAUCGACCCAUGUACUACUUCCUAGCCUUGCUGUCGCUUACAGAUGUUAGUGGAUGCACUUCAUUUGUCCCCAAUAUGUUAUGUAUCUUUUGGCCCAAUCUCAAAGAGAUUGACUUUAAUGCCUGCCUUGUGCAGAUGUUUUUCAUCCACAUGCUGACGGGCAUGGAGUCUGGCGUGCUCGUGCUCAUGGCGCUGGAUCGCUAUGUGGCCAUUUGCUACCCUCUGCGCUAUUCCACCAUCCUCAACAACACCACGAUUACCAAGGUUGGGCUUGCCACAUUCACUCGAAGUGUGUUGAUCAUGAUCCCAUUUACUUUCCUGAUCAAGCGUCUCCCUUACUGCAAGGGCAACCUCGUCCACCACACCUACUGUGACCAUAUGUCUGUAGCCAAAUUAUCCUGUGGAAACAUCAGGAUUAAUGCUAUCUAUGGUCUCAUAGCUGCCGUAUUGAUUGGGGGCUUUGAUAUGUUCUGCAUCUCCACGUCUUAUACCAUGAUUAUCCGUGCUGUAGUCAAACUGUCAUCUGCAGAUGCUCGCCACAAAGCCUUCAGCACCUGUACAUCACACACAUGUGCUAUUAUCAUCACCUAUGUCCCAGCCUUCUUCAACUUCACUCACCGCUUUGGGGGACGUACCAUACCUCACCAUGUUCACAUUUUUGUAGCCAAUCUCUACCUGUUGGUGCCUCCCACCUUGAAUCCAAUUGUCUAUGGAGUGAAGACAAAACAGAUCCGUGAAGGAGUGAUCAAAUUGUUUUUUAGAGAAAAAGACAUAUUGAGUAUGAGAUAA